AUGGUUGUCAUUCUUGAUGAGUACUUUGGUUUUCAUGAUCGUGUAGACUACUUGAUAAUGCCAAGCUACAGCAGCGGUUCUUCAGAGGAGGAGGUCCCCUACUGGGCGUACGCGGAUGCGACAUACGGCAUACCCGUGAAGUGUUUCUGUGGCCGCGUAGUCAAGCUCAAAGCAAACGAAUCCGGUCGCAAGUAUUAUGCUUGCCCGGAUUCGAUCAACGAGGGCACUUUUGAUCACAUACACCAAUGGUGGGACGACGCAGUUAUAGAACAGUGCGAGAUUCUCGCGACCAGGAUAGAAAACCAGAAGGACCUGAUCCUCAGUGUUGAUCGGGGUAGAAUCAACACUGAAGAGCUAGAAGGCCGUGAUCCUCAGGCCAUAGGAGAACUCCGUGAAGAGCUAGCAAGGCUUCAGGGAGAAGUGCGGAGUUUGAAGGAGGAGCUUGGCACUUCAGGUGACCGUUUCUCGAUGCUCAUUUACAUUACUGUUAUUGCGGCUAUUGCGUAUAUCUUUAGGGUUUAG